UCAACUAGUUAGAUUCGAUCUUUCAACUUGUUAGGCUCAAUUAUCCAUUCUAUUAUCAAUAUUUUUCAUUCUUAAACUGUUUUCCCCUACGUUUUAUUGUAAAAAGUAAAAUUUACUGUUAUUUUUUUUUUUUUGAACAACAUGUAAGAGUGGGUCGACCCGCCCCGCCCCGUACCCACGCGGGUUUUACCCGCCCCGAUCCGUAGUAGCGUGGGCCAGGACAUGGGAAUUGAGGUACCCGCCCUGCCCCUACAUGCAAUCCUUGAUUCAGACUGCAAUUUCUUGUGCCGACAAUAAGCCAUCGCCUCAAAGUUCAAGAUCUCCCCCAAUUACUUGAUUCUCUUCUAGAUGGAGAGACUUGGGCAUGUUUUCAGCUUUCUCCAUCAACCAGCCAUCGAUUCCUUCUCCUUCAUCAAAUCAAUUGUCAUCACCAUUGACAGUUUUUGUUCUCCUCUUAUUCUAUGAAUCAAGUUCACGAAUUUCUCACGAAAAUUCGCGCUCCGACAAACAAAAAUUCGCGAAUUUUGUUCUAAUUUUCUUAAAUUCGCGUUUACCCGCUCUAAAGCGUAAGCGCCAACCCCUGAUGGGAAAAUUGUGUGACCUAAAUCCAAUCUUGGGGAAGAAUGUUUUAAGCACACGAACGUGCCACUCAAUCCACUCUUACAUUCUUCUUACGCCUGGAAAAUUAUACCUUAAUAUGGGGUGAUCUUUGUAGGAUGUCAACCAUUGAACCUAGUCAUGCUGCUACUUUCCACGGCCAGAAAUAGGCACGAGUAUGAAAUUUAUUACUUUCACCUCUUACUCUCACAACUACCAUGAAAAUGUUCCAUGAGAAGAGGAUGAUAGUAGCUAUAGUCUUGAAAACAUGGAACCUUAGGCGGUUUCAGGAGUUCCUCACCAACAAAAACCAAGUUCGGCUCGAAAAGCGUGAAAACGACAUGCGAAACGCAAUUGUAGGUAUGUUUGACGACAUAUUUGAAAAAUCUCAUUAUGAAUUCAAGAAUGCCUAUCCAGUAGGAAUGACGAUAAAAUUCGAAUCCACGAGUUCCAAAUUCUCACUCCUCAGUCGUCGCCUUCGACUAGAAGAAGAACCAUCUGGAGCCUCAAAGCAAGGUGAGAGAAUAGUUUGAUCACAAACUAUUGCACCACUAAUCAGGGCUUAGUUUUUAGUUUGCAUUGCUUUUCCAAGUAAAUUUAUGAAUAAAUGGUAUCAUACACUUAUUGUAGUGAAUUUUUCUUCUUUAUUAUAACUAUACUGAUAAGUUUUUCCUUUUUAAUGGUUGUGCCAUUUUUCUUUACUUGCCCUUGAUAAUUAUAAUAUUACAAUAAGGAAUCUGUUGGGCAUAACAAAAAUAUGGUGAGAUUUAGGAGGAUAGAAAAAUGGUAUCGGCUCUGAUACCAAAUUUAUUGGGCACAACGAAAGUAUAUAGUGGAUUUAGGAUCGAGAAUAUUAGAGAAAAUUAUUUCACUCCAAUAUUUUUAAAAGAACAAUAUUACAAUAGGCAAUUUUUACCUUUUACAUUAAGAGUUGCUGCUUUAUAUAUAUUGUCUGCUUCUACCCUUAAAAACUCAACUCUCAUAUUCUCCCACAUAUUUGAAUUAGGCAAGUUUAUUGCCUUAACCCAUUUGAGGAGCUUACUAGCUUUCUGAUCUCUCAUGCUUCUUCCAUGCCUCCAAAUGAGGCCUAUUUAUAGUUCCAUUUUCAUGGCCAUUACAUUACAAAGAUCAAGAUAUUUUCUUGUAGUAAGUUUAGUAUGUGGUUUGAAUUUUUUUCAUUAUUUUAGUUUAAUAAUUGAGGUAGUUGGCUGGAGAUGAUAUUUUGGUGCUGCAUUCUAGAUUGGCCUAGAAUUGCAUAUUAACUUCUCACAGAAUCUCACAAUAUAACCUUUUUUUAUGGUUGUGCCAUUUUUCUUUAUUUUCCGUUGACAUGUCCUUGCCAACUUAUGGAGGAGUGUCAGCGCAUACAACUUGGGGAAGAAGAGGAAGAUGUAAGCUGCAAGUCUAAUAAAGGAAGAAGUUGAGUAUGCAAAAGGGAACUAUCCAUAUCUCCCUUGGUGGAAAGUGACGAAGGUGGACCUUAACUGGGCAAAUUAAAGUAAGAGUCAUCCAAUGGUUCGGUGAUGCAUUAUAGCUCCAAUGCAUUGAGAGAAUGAUUAUAUACAUUAUUCUGCUUCUCAAAUUCAUAUUAAAAAUACUAAAUUUGAUUUUUUUUUAUUUGGGAAACCUAAACUCUUAUUAAUCAAUGGUAGUUGCUACAUCAUCCAUUGCUAACUGAUCAAUCAAAAAAUAUGGUGAACUAUCAAACCACACAACUCUCUCUUCCUAAUUAGUAACCGCUCUAGCCAUGAUAUGGGCUGAACCAUUCGCUUAUCUACAAAUAUGCAUGCACUUACCAACUCCCCGCCUAGUGAGACUUCUCCAAAUGUUCAUGCAAAUCACACCUACUUCUGUAUGGUCCCGGUUCGGGUGCUGCACCUUUGUAAUCAUCUUCAAGCAGUCACUCUCGAGGAUUGGCCUGUCCACUUUCAGGCUCGCCAUCAUUUGCAUACCCAGCUCCCGGCAAGUGCUUCUGCCAUCUCGACGCUGAAGGUUCCCUUCAUCCGCUUUGCUACAGCAAGCACAAACUUCCCGUGAUUGUCCCUUAUCACGACUCCGAUACCGAUGCCCCCCUAACUUAGCAUUGUCGCGGCUGCCCCUUAUCACUAUUAUUCAUGUAAUAAAUUGAAAGACAUCGUACACAUUUAUAGCAAAACCGGAAAAUCUAAUCACUUACCAAUCCAACAAGGACAUGGUAACUUACUCCCAAAGAAACUAGCAUAAUAAUGAAUAUGAUUCCUAAACAAUAACUAAAAUCAAAGUAAACCUAUAUAUAUCAUCCUUAUAAAAAAUCCAAUUUUGUAUAUUUCUUAUUUUAAAAAAUACGUGUCAAUAACAUAACAUCUACAUGGAUGCCACAUUUUCGCCACAUCAUACUCAAACAUAUGUUUCUUUUGAAGACAAUUUUUAAUUAAUAAAAAUCAUUAAAAAGAAAUAUGUUCUAAUCUCAACUAAUGAAAAUAAGUUAGAAUCCCCAUCCUCAGUAACAUGCCAUUCCUCACCGGUGAACAAAAUAAAAUUUAGUUAAAGAGAGCUACUCAUACAUUGACCCUACUUCUAGUCCUAAUUUGCAGAGAAAUUCGUCGGCCUGAUUGACUCGCGUAGAAGAAGAAGGGAAGGAAGAAGUAUUAGGCACAUACGACAGAGCUCCCAAGCCAUCUAGGUAUUGGUGGAUAAUUUGAGAAACUCGAUACACAAGAUUUAUUAAGAAAUGUAAAGUUCAUGAGACAGUCUUGAAAAUAAGAAAGAAGAAAAAUACUAUCGAGGCCAGAACUCGAGGAACCAACAACCAGAUCAUUAACUUAGAAUGAAGCUACAUAGAAUGG